UAAAUUCUGCUUGGAGUCUUGCACACGAAUAUAGGUUAUUAGAGAAGGAAAAUGCUUAUGCAAAGAGUACACGAUUGUGCUGCAAUAAUACUUUGCAUUGCACAUGCCUGUCUUUCAUUUGAAAACCAGACAGUCAAUAAUAAUGUUACCAAAUCUGAAUCUAAUGAUUUAAAGUCAAUGUUAAAUCUGGUUGGGAAUGUUACUGAAAGUUUGGACACAGCAAAACCCGAUGAAAACCACACUCAGGCGCAGAGGAAUGCCAGUGAAGAUGGAGAACAGAUGAACAAAGAGACCCAUGGAGCAAAACCAGAUUGUCCACCGCUGGGUUUGGAGUCUCUGAAAGUCUCAGAUGAUCAGUUGGAGUCUUCAUCGUAUUUGAGCGUUGGGCUUGGUCCUCAUAGAGGACGCCUUAACAUACAGUCUGGUCUGGAGGAUGACGAUGAGUAUGACGGAGCGUGGUGUGCUGGGGUGGAGGAUCAGGAACAGUGGUUGCAGCUGAACGCUCUCAGACCAACACUCUUUACUGGCGUCAUCCUCCAGGGCAGAAACUCUAUCUGGAGCUUGAACUGGGUCCGCACAUAUGAGGUGCAGUUCAGUAAUGACUCAUCGGUCUGGCAGCCCUGCAUGAAUGGAUCAGAGGAGGCUGUGUUUGUCGGGAAUGAAGAUUUGGAGACGCCGGUUCUGGCUCUGUUUCCUGAGCCCUCAGUGGCACAAUACAUUCGCAUUAAUCCACAGACCUGGUUUAGCAAUGGCACCAUUUGCCUCCGCGCUGAAGUGCUGGGCUGCCCAGUGCCAGAUCCUGACAACCCACAUUUUUCUGAGACUGAGAGCGGAUCCUCAGAUGAUCUCGACUUCAGACACCAUAAUUACAAUGAGAUGAGGAAGUUAAUGAAGUCUGUGAAUGACGAGUGUCCAAAUAUCACACGGAUCUACACUAUUGGGAAGAGCUACACUGGACUGAAGCUUUAUGUUAUGGAAAUAUCCGAUAACCCCGGAAAACACGAGCUUGGUGAGCCGGAGUUUCGCUAUGUUGCUGGGAUGCAUGGGAAUGAAGUUUUAGGCCGGGAGCUUUUGCUAAAUCUUAUGCAGUACAUCUGUCGUGAAUACAACCGAGGCAAUCAGCGUGUCAUACAGCUGGUGAAGGACACACGCAUCCACCUGUUGCCAUCUAUGAACCCAGACGGAUAUGAAGCAGCCUAUGAGAAGGGUUCAGAACUCUCUGGCUGGGCUCUGGGACGCUACAGUUUUGAAGGCAUUGACAUGAACCAUAACUUCCCUGACCUCAACAACAUCAUGUGGGAUGCUCAGGAGAUGGCCAUGGACAAGAGGAGAGUGAGCAACCAUUACAUUCCCAUGCCAGAGUACUACACCUCAACCGAAGCAUUAGUUGCCCCAGAGACACGCGCUGUAAUCAGCUGGAUGCAGGACAUCCCGUUUGUACUGAGUGCUAAUCUGCAUGGGGGAGAGCUGGUGGUCACCUACCCUUUCGACUGUACACGUGAUUGGAUCCCUCGCCAGGACACGCCCACCGCAGACAACGAUUUCUUCCGUUGGUUGGCCACCGUCUAUGCAUCCGCCAAUCUGGUGAUGGCAAACCCUGAGCGGAGGAUCUGUCACUCUGAAGACUUCCAGCAGCACAACAACAUCAUCAAUGGAGCGGACUGGCACACUGUACCAGGGAGUGAGUAA